GAGAGAGACAACUAGACAGAGAGAGCAUUACCAAAACCAAAUAACUUUAAGAUGACUCGGAGCAGUGUGGCCGUCUUCUCUUUCUCUUCAGCCUGUGGCAGACUUAAAACAAUCAUUCACAGCCUGUGUACUGAGGAUUUUUCACAUGAUCAGCACUGAAAUCAUCUUGGCAUCAUUCAACACUCCCGGCUGCUAUUUGUUUCUUUUUGAACAUUGCUUGUAAGAGAAGACAUGAGGGUGCAAACUGUGUCAAGAGCACAAAUUCUUCAAGAGUUUAACUUGCGGUGCCAGUCCUUGGCUGCCAAUGCCAACAGAGGCUUUAAACAGGAGUUUGAGGAGCUGAGCGAUGUUGGCAAAGACCUCCCGACAAGGGCAGGGGAGUCAGAGGUCAACAGAGAGAAGAACAGAUACCCUUACAUUUUACCAUAUGAUCACUCUCGGGUGAGGCUGUCCAUUCAGAACUCCUAUCCACACACAGACUACAUCAACGCAAGUUUUGUGCCUGGUGGAGGAUCAGAAAGAGACUUCAUCUGCACUCAGGGUCCUUUGCCCGGCACCAUGGCCGACUUCUGGCGGAUGGUGUGGGAGCAAAACGUCAGGAUAAUUGUCAUGGUGACAGCUCUGAGACACAAGGACAUAGUGCUGUGUGAUAAGUACUGGCCUCUGGAACCGGGGACAGUUUAUCAUGGGCUGAUCCAAGUGACAACAGUGGCUCGCAAACAAGGUCCAGAUUAUUUUGUCACGACCAUUAACCUCCGACAGAGAGACUGUCCGACAGACAGGAUCAUCACACACUACUACUAUCCCUCCUGGCCGGACCGGGGCAUCCCUCAGAGCUCAUCCUCCGCCUGUGUCUUCACUGAGCAUGUGCGGCAGCAUCUGGAAGCCAUUCCUCGUCUGGGCCCAGCUGUGGUGCACUGCAGUGCAGGUAUUGGCCGGUCUGGGGCAUUUGUGACGUUGUUGUGGCUGAUGCAGCUGUGUGCGAGGGGAAUCCGGCCUAAUAUACGAGCUGCUGUGGAGGACCUGCGUCUCCAUCGAAUGUGGAUGGUUCAGACUCUGGAGCAGUACAUAUUUGUUCACCUGUGUCUGCUGCACUGGCUCAGUGGAGGAACCUCAGCAUGCAGCCCGCAGGGAGCCACUUCGAACGCUCACCCCCACAUGCAGGACCGAUCUCACAUCUCCUCAGGACGGGGAGACCGAGCAGGGAGGAGACAUCACCGCCAUCGACAGAGUAAACCUCAAUCAGACCCACCACAGAAUACAAUGCAGCAGAUGUUAAACCCUGGGAACCUGCUGAGGAGGUUACUGCCCUCAUCAUCAUCAUCACUGAAUCCAGGAUCCUAAUCUAGCAUUCUGCAAGAUGUACAUAUGCGGAGACACUGAGUAAAGAAAAAAAACAUUUGCAUGACACAGUUCUCAAACACAAGACUGCAGAAAUACUGCUGCACACGCUGCAUGAGGACAGGCCCGGCAGCUGGAAAACCGGCUUGACAACAUGCAGAUAAAUGCAGGUGAGGAAACAACAGACGCAGCAGUUUGUAUCGCUACCACAAGGAGAAAUUAAGGAAAUAAACUGCCGAAUCAGGUCAAACCUGCUCUUCUGCAAUCGGUGGCUUACUACGAGGGACAAACGAGAGGCCGCUACCUGUACAAGCAGUAAAAUACAGCCUACGCAACCUUCAGGUCAAUCAUGCAAUCUUUCAUGUUAAAUAUAAAAUGUUUCCUGUGUGUAGCUGGACAGUACAUAGUUUUUUUUUGUAAGUUUGUUCACCUUCACUACUGAUAAAGUGCUGUUGUGACAUGA